UCAACUCUCCUCUGCAGCAUCUCUCCACAUCUUCAUCGUCAUCAUGCCUUGUACGCAUUUCAACUGCAACCCCUUCGAGGUCGGGCGGACCCUGACUGUGAACGGAGUGGCCAACGCUGAUGCUAACUUUUUUCAUGUGGCCAUCGGUCUCAGUGUCGAAAACGUCGUACUGCAGAUUGACCCCCGCUUUAAUGACGGCAAAGUGGUGCUAAACACAUGCCAGGAGCGCAAGUGGGGGGAACAUGUGGUCCAUGAAGGAGGGUUUCCUUUCCAGCGGGGAAAGGAGUUUAAAAUCACCGUCCUUUUCAAACGCGAGGAGUUCGUGGUGACCUUACCAGAUGGUGCCCAAAUAACUUACCCCAAUCGCUUAGGUAAAGAGAAGUACUGCCUCUUGACCCUCAAUGGAGAUGCUGAAUUCAAAAACAUUGAUAUGAAAUAAAGCUCCGCACUCACCACAGCCACUGGGUCUUCACAGUGGAGUUUUCAGAUUCAACACAACACUACAAAUGUUAUGUGACUGAAUGUAAUAAAGCUCCUAACAAAAACA